GAGCAUGCGUAGAAGAUGCUCUUUCAGCAGAGGUAGUUGGAGGAGAAUCACUGAACGGUAAGAGUCUGUAUGUUUUCUCUCUUUAAACUGCUUAAGCUUCGUGAAAAUAAGAGUUUAAUGUGUUUAAAUUAUGAAAAUGAAGACUUGUUACUCCAUCGAUCUUCUCUGAUUCACCUGUUUGCAACGUUACUUCUGAUUUUAGUGUCAGUGUUAGAGAACCUGACCGUCAAUGUAGGUCUGUUCAGUCCACGUCAGCAGAUAAACUCAUUUAAAACACAGAAACUAUUCAUAUUUUAUUCAAAACUGAGAUUAAAUGAUGUUUUUCAGUCAAUGUCAGCAGAUGUAAUUAAUUUAUUUAAAAAGAAGUUAAAAGUCUGUUCAGUCCACGUCAGCAGAUAAAAAAUCAUCUUGAUGAGGAACAAUCAAUUUCAGUCAGUUUUUACUAUUAAUCAGGACAAAGAUGAUUCCCUAUUAACUUGAACCGGUCAGACUGUUUUAACAAAUAUAAAAGAAAUGAGUUUGAUCAGAGUCCACUUAGAGUGAUUUGUACAGUAGUUUAUUUACCUGUCAUGGUGUUUGAUGAGGGUCAACUAAGAGUGAUUUGGACUGAAGUUUAUCAGACUGUCCUAGAAUUUGAUGAGGGUCUACCGACAGUGAUUUGUACUGUAGUUUAUUUACCUGUUCUAGAGUUUAAUGAGGGUCUCCCAACAGUAGUUUGGACUGUAGUUUAUCUCAGUAUUCUCGAGUGUGAUGAGGGUUUGUUCACACAGAUUUUUGUUUUUCGUAGUAAGUUUUUGAAGCAGUUUUUUUAUGACACAAAGUAAAAACCAGUAAUCAUGGCUAUGGCUCAGGUUGGAGACCCCCAUUGUCAGAUUUCAGUCUUAGGGGGCUCUGGCCUUGGUCUCAGGUCAGGUCCUGGUCCCGUUCCUAAUCCUGUUCAUGGUUCUGGUCCUUUUUCUGGUCCCAGUCUUGGCUUUUUUUUAUGAAUUUGUUUUGUUUCUGUCUUUAGAUGAUGAAGAUGCUUACCUGUGUUUUGGCUCUGGUCCUGGCCCUGCUGAACCUGGGUUCAGGAGAGGAAGGAGCCCGUCUGCUGGCCUCCAAAUCUCUGCUGAACCGGUACGCAGUAGAGGGCCGAGACCUGACACUGCAGUACAACAUCUACAACGUUGGCUCCAGGUAACAUCCCCUUAUCUGUCUGUGUCUGUCUCACCUGUCUGUCUCUGUCUCACCUGUCUGCCUCUGUCUCACCUGUCUGUCAUUGUUUUACCUGUCUGUCUCUGUCUCACCUGUCUGUCUCUGUCUUACCUGUCUGUCAUUGUCUUACCUGUCUUUCAUUGUCUCAUCUGUCUGUCUCAUCUAUUUUUCCCACAGUGCCGCUCUGGAGGUGGAGCUGUCUGAUGACUCGUUUCCUCCUGAGGACUUUGGGAUCGUUUCAGGAAUGCUCAAUGUCAAGUGGGACAGAAUUGCUCCGUAUCCUUCAAAAUAAAAGUCCUGGCUUUCAAAAAAACAUAUAGAACAGACAUAAAACACACUCCUGUUUUUCAGGUAUGUCAGGUGAUGUUACUCUUUGAGUCUGACAUCCACAAAUACUAUUAGAAACAUAUAAAGGUGUAGUGUGUCGUGUUUAUCAUUUAUUAGAAUGUUUAAAAUUAAAUUUAAAAUUGUUAGAAAUGGGGUUUUGGAUUUCAUCAGCCUGUUUUAAUAGGUGUUUAAUCACCUGAAUAUUGAAUAGAUUGUUUUUUUGGCUCAUUCAGAAUGAGUCCUUUUUCGUAUUCACAACAGAUUUUUCUAGACCUUCAAUCUUUCAUUUUAAUUUGGUAUUUUUAAGAAUAUUUUGACAAUAUCAUUCAGUCAGGUUGAUGUCCUUUUUUUACAUUUUAUAACAAAUUUUUCUUCUUGUUGACUUGGCUAAAUAUUGUAUAAAAUCCUGUAUACGAUUGCACUUAACUAAAUGUCAGUGCGAGUAACGUCUCUCACACUGUGGUGCUGCGCCCCCUAAAGGCUGGAUACUUCAACUUCACCUCUGCCACAGUCAGCUAUCUGGCCCAGGAAGGAGGUCAAGUUGUGGUAAGCGUUGUUAACUCAACAGUUAGUGUUCACACAACUUACCAGGUUAUACAACAAAAGGUUUUGAACCGACCUCUGUUUGUUUGCAGGUUGGAUACACAAGCGCCCCAGGACAGGGAGGCAUCCUCGCUCAGAGAGAGUUUGACCGUCGCUUCUCCCCCCACUAUGUAUGUGUUCAAUUUCUUCACCAAAUAACUUUACUGUACCCUGAGUCACUGUCAGGUUAGUCGAGUCACUCUCAGGUUAUCAGAGUCACUGUGAAAUUAGCUGAGUCAGUGUUUGAUUAGCUGUGUCAGUUGGAAGCUGGUUUUUAUACCUUGUUUGGUCAGAAGCACUUGAACCACUGCAAUAUGUAUUCGUUAUAUUUGGUGCUCUGCUUUUUAAGCUUCCUGCCCCUCCAUCUGUGAAUAUUGUAAUACUAAAGCCUGACACUGAGAGAGUACGUCUUCCUUCUGUUUUAUGUACAUACUUGAAAAAGCCAAGACAGGGAGAGCAGCAGCAAAGACCCUAGGGUACAAAACAGAGCAGCAUCAGUAAUAAUCUUUCUUUAACUCUGGUAAGAUCAGGCAGCACAGAAGGAGGAGCUGGGGUUGAGAAAGGGUGUAGAAUGGUUUGCAGAGGAAGUAGGAAGAGUCGGUAGGCUGAAGGCUUUAAAAAAAGAACAGAUAUUUUCACACAUGACUGUUGGAUGGUAGACAGUAGUCAGCUGAGCUGUCAACUGAUGUAUGUUUAGAUCAUCUGAUGUAUGCAGAGCUCAACUUCAUGCCUUAACUAAUGCCGUGUUCUAGUUAACUCAAAAGUCGGAUGUCAAGCUGGGAAUGACAUUACACCCAAGUUGACAGGGUUCUGGUAAACAAGUCAGAAAACCAAGAUGGAUGCCUACUGUUAGCUGUUGUUAAAAGUUGUCAGCUCUUGUUCGCUGUUGUUUGCUGUUAACUGAGUCUGAAAUCCGACUUUGGGGGGUCUUUCCAGAUGAAUUUCUGACUAGGAACUAGGACAUUCCGACUUCCCAGUACAACUUGGACGUAGCAUAAAACCUGAACUUACAAUUGUAGUUUUUUUUUUUUUUAUUGCUUAUAUUUACUGUCACUGAUGUUUAUUGUUUUUUUGUAGCUGGACUGGGCUGCAUUCGGUGUUAUGACUCUGCCUUCCAUCGGCAUCCCGCUGAUUCUCUGGUACUCCAGCAAGAGGAAGUACGACUCUCCAAAGAACAAGAAGAACUAAACACACAAACACGCACACACACACACAUGUGCUGCAGAGGGUGGGGUCGGGGUUGGGGGGUGAGGGGGGGUUGUCUGUGAGAAAGUUAAUAACCCAUAUUGGGGUGACAGCUGGAUCAGACAGAGAGCAGUGCAGUGAUAAUGGUGAUCAUGAUGAAAGAUGAUAAAUGAUGAUUAUGAGAGUGAUAAAGAUCAGUCUGCUGAGGGGCUGUGAUGUGGAUCAGAGUUUUCAGAACUUUAAACUAUAAACCAGUUUUUUGUUUUUGGGCAGCGUCAGUCAAGGAACUUUAUCAUAUUAAAGUUUGUGACAAACAUUCAUUAUUGUUUUAAAAACAUGUAAUUAAAGAAUUAAUGUGUUUUUGUAAUAAAAGUCAGACAGGAAGUAAGGGUUUGGAUGUUGAUCUUCAAAAUAAAAAUCAAUAAAAUGUUUUUUUUCUAAUCUGUCUGAAAGCCUUUUUUUUUAUUUUU